AUGGGCAAAAAAAGAAAGAGGCCCAUCAAGAAUGGCCAGGUACGAAGGCAGCUGCCGCAAUUGUCCCCCCAAACCAGCACCGGAAGGAAGGUCAGCAAUGGACCCUGUGAAGAAUCCUUGGAACAAACCCAUCCAGUGAUCUCCAUAUACUACCGACGGGUUGUGACCCUGAGACAGUAUCUCCUUCAGCGAAUACCCAAAUUCUCCAAAUCCCGCCGCAGAAGGAUCGCGUCGGUGCGUAGUCAUGACUCUAGUGAUGCUGGCCGUUCGGGAGACCAAGAUGAAGAGCUAUCAAAGUUGCUGGAUACAACUCUAGUAGGCAUACUGAAAGAACCAACUGCUGGAUGCGAUCAGGAACGACGGCGAGAAUUAGCUGAAUUCACGACAUCGCCGGAUAGAUCGCUAGUCACCAGUACCGACACUGGACCCCCUUGUCCUCAAGCAGAGAUUGUGGAUUACGUUAUAUCGACGCUGUUCAAUCGCGGUGGAUUUUCGUAUCAGAAACCGAAACACAUCUUGGCCCAUGGGUUUCAACGUGCGAACGGGCUGCAAACUACAACGCGGAAUGAAACUCUGGCCUGCAGUCUUCGUGGCAUAGUGGCACGAUUCCCGAACAAGAAUGUCCAGUCCCUUAAGCGCGCUCCUUGGACCGACGUCCUUGGACUUCUGGGGAGCAACGGGGAGGACAUCAUGACAGGUCUCUUAUUUGACUGUGGGAUAUUUACUGCCAUAGAUUGCCGGAAAGGUAUCUACUAUCAAUUAAGCGGUAUUCCGCUAUCAGACCUUGAACCAAUGAAUAAUCUAGUUGGAACACAAACUCUGAAUACUAAGAUUGCACAACCUACUAAAAGCAGUUCUUCACGGCCAGUGGGAGUCGAUGGAAAUCCUAGCCCCCAAAGCAGGACAGAGGGCGGUAAGAUUGAUAUCUCCAAACCAAAUAGCGUAGUGCUCUUCCGACGGCGUAUGCUUUAUGCGCGCCCUGUAUUCGACGUGAAGGGGCAAUUUCAAUCAGGAUUGUCAAACCGGCACAUUCUGAACCGCUUUCCCUCUUCGGGUUCAUUGUCGCAGACUGUACAUGUUAUGAAAUACAUCUUCCCCAGGCAAUUCGGUCUGCACAAUGUGUUCACAUGUCUGCCUGAUAGACGUACGUCUACUCUUCCUGUCAAUGAUUACUCCUCUCGCGAGGAGGAGAUCUCCCAGUCUGAAAAGCGGAGCGGAUCAACGAAAAUACCCAAAAGGCUGCGAGGAAGGGCUGUAGAACUGGUUCAACAGUUGCAAAAUCGCCAUCAAAGAUGCUCAUAUAGAGAAUUGUUACACCAUUAUUGUCCACCACAGCGCACUGGUCCCUGGAAAUUCGGGCCCAUCGAUCCCCAGACUAUGACACCUUGUGAAGAACUGGGGUCAUCAGCAUCAGAGCCAUUGGUAACACAAUUGCGAGAUCACCAUCGCUAUCUAGCAGCUAAUCAUAUAGCUGAACCAACGCCAACAGUUCCGUUUCGGCCGGAAGCCAAAGGUCAUGCCAUCAAAGCAAACGUUACGAAGCCGAAACCCAGUUUGACAGAUUAUGCAACACCAGCUUCUUCAGUAUCUGCUUUCUGUCGAGCAGUGCUACGAACCCUAAUACCGCCCCACUUUUAUGGCAUAGGUCAACAUAAAUUCAGCAACCGGACUGUUAUCUUCAAGCACGUCGAUCGGUUCGUGCGCAUGCGGCGGUUUGAAAGCCUAAGCAUACAUGAAAUCUGCAAGGGAAUCAAGAUAAAAUGCAUAUCCUGGCUUGAGCCCCCGACGGUCCGCGACCAGAACUCAAAGAAUAAAGUUUCGUUGUCUGAUUUACAGAAACGGACAGAGAUAUUGCACGAAAUUAUCUACUACAUAUUCGAUUCGAUUUUGAUACCUCUUGUACGGGCCAACUUUUACGUCACUGAGUCUCAGACCCACCGCAAUCGCUUAUUCUACUUCCGACACGAUGUCUGGCGUCACUUGACUGAACAGCCCUUGGCUAACCUCAAGCUUUCUACAUUCGAGGAAUUGAAGUCAGACAAAGCAGAGCGCAUGCUCGGUCGUAGGUCCCUACCAUACGGUACCUUACGGCUCCUUCCAAAAUCGACGGGUAUUCGCCCAAUUCUGAAUCUGCGACGAAGAACGUUGGGGAACAACAAAUGGCCGGGAAGCAAAGGCCGCUUCUUGGGGCAAAGUAUCAACUCAGCCAUCACCCCUAUCUAUGGCAUCUUGAAUUACGAGAAGAUGCGGAAACAAGAUGGCCUAGGCUCGUGUUUAUUCUCUGUAGGAGACAUGCAUUUGCGGCUCAAGGCCUUCAAGGAACGCUUGCUGCUACAUUACCACGAAGUCCCUUCGCUGCCAGUCUUCUAUUUUGUCAAACUAGAUAUUCAAUCUUGCUUCGAUACAAUCCCUCAGGACAGGCUGGUCCGCCUUGUUGAGGCCCUGGUAUCUGAAGAAGCGUAUCACCUCACCAGGCAUGUCGAAAUGCGCCCGCCAGAUGAAUUUGGAUGCAUGUGGCCGAUGCGCGAAGCAAGGCAGAGCAAAGCUUUCCGCAAAUUCGUGGCCAGGGCAGCACCCGCUGCGAGACCACAGCAUCUGACGGAAAGAAUUAAUAAUGGCGGAACUAGCCACAGAAGGAACACGGUUUUUGUUGAUACGUCGGGACAGAGAGAGUGGAAUACUGAGGAUCUGUUGGAUUUACUCGACGAGCACGUCCGCAAUAAUCUGGUGAAAUUUGGCAGAAAGUACUUCCGACAGUGUAAUGGUAUUCCCCAGGGCUCGGUACUAUCUAGCAUUCUCUGCAACUUAUUCUAUGCAGAAAUGGAGCGAGAAGUUUUAGCGUUUUUACAGUCGGAGGAAACGCUACUUCUGCGUCUUGUUGACGACUUCUUACUGAUCACCUCGAAUCCCGACCUUGCCAAACGUUUCUUAAAGGUGAUGAUCAAAGGACAGCCUACAUACGGUGUCUCUGUCAAUCCAGCCAAGAGCCUCGUCAAUUUCACCGCUGCUGUGGAAGGGACUCGUAUCCCUCGGCUGGUUGACACUUCACUCUUCCCCUACUGUGGGAGCUUAAUUGAUACUCGCACUCUAGAGAUUCACAAAGAUCAUGAUCGCAUACUCGAAGGAGGUGACUCCGCCGCCGAAACUCUCUCUAACUCCCUGACCGUUGAGUCCGCACGAGUCCCGGGUCGUACGCUGCACCGGAAAUUGCUCGCAUCCUUCAAGCUACUCAUGCAUCCCAUGUACCUUGACACAAAUCACAAUUCACUUUCGGUGGUCCUUUCAACUCUAUAUGCGAACUAUCUUACUACCGCCAUGAAGAUGUAUCAGUAUAUGAGAUCUCUCCGGGGUCGAGCGCACCCUUCGUCUGAGGUGAUCAUUCGGAUCGUCCGGGAUACAACGCAGCUCGCACAUCGACUCGUUCAGGGCAAAAGGUGCUGGGGUCAGCGAGAUGCAACCGUGGAAUCUUCCUCGCCCUCUGUAUGCACUGUGCAGCAUUCACAAGUUCAGUACCUCGCAGCAGCGGCGUUCCAAUUUGUGUUGCGCCGCAAACAAACACGAUACGCUCUUGUGUUGCGCUGGUUGGAACUGGUGUUGAAAGGCAGUCGGCCAAGAUCCGAUGCGAAGGCUAUGCGACUAGCACAAGUAGUACAGAAGGGAAACCUGAUGUAUGGUAGCUGGAGAUUUUGA